AUGGGGGAUGAAGAGAAGAAGAAGGGUCUUCCAAAGGACCAGGAGCACUCAGAGGUUCCUGAAGGUACCCCCAGGGACCAACACCUCUUUCCUGUAAUCAACGUGGUCGAAAAUCAAGGCCUCAGCGACUCAAGCGCCACCGAGACUGGGAUCCACGGCGAAGGACACCAGUCUAAGCAGAAAAUCAAGCGCUCUCCCAGGAAAUCGACGAUUUCCCCAGCACUCGAGCUGAAAGUCAUCAGCCAGCACUCACGCCUCAGAGUCUUCUCAGACUGGGAAGCUCUGGCGGAUACACUCACCGUCGCCGACGGCUUAGCUCAACUCAAGUCUCGACUUGAGUUACUCGAGGGUGAAUGGCACCAGUUCAACCUAACUCACGACUCACUAGCACUCACCUGCACCAAGGAGUUCUUGGAGAGCUCAUAUGUCAAGGACGGAGUAUACGAUUCGGUGUAUCGGUCGUAUAUCAACGCCAAGGGCAAACUCAUCGCACUCAUCAACUCAAUUCCAGUACCAGCUGCUAUUCCAGCUGUAGUGCACUCAACCCGGGCUCCAACGCAUCUGCCAGCACUCGCAAUUCCCAAGUUCGAUGGGCGUUACGAGAACUGGCCUGAAUUCAGGGACUCAUUCACCUCAAUGGUGAUUAAUGCUCAAGAACUUGCUCCAGUUCAACGUCUUCAGUACCUGAAGAGCUGUCUGCAAGGACAAGCCGCACUCAGCCUCGCCAGUGUACAAAUGUGCGAUGACCAAUUUGUACCUGCGUGGAAUCAGCUAAAGGAGAGGUACAACAACCCUCGCCUACUCAUCGGUGCUCAACUGGACAAGCUCCUUAAUAUGCAUGUGCUCACUUCACGCUCAUCUGAGCAGCUCAAUUACCUUCUGAACACCGUUUCAGAGGUAAUCAACGCACUCAACGCACUCGGGGUACAAUUGAACUCAGAUAUGAAUCCGCUGCUUACGCAGUUGAUCAUAUCUAAACUGGACUCACACAACCGGGAGCUCUGGGAAAACAAAAUGGGUGCUUCCACUGAAUACCCAUCACUCAAAGAUCUCAAUGACUUUUUAGUCAGUUGUGCUCGUGCUCAAGAACGGGUGGAACAGGCAUCAAAACCACCACGUUCAUCUGGCAAACCAGCGUCAUACUCUGCUGCUGCUGUUUCCAAGUCGCACUCAUCGGAAACUAAAUCUCCAGCCACGAACUCAUCUACUGCACUCAAGAAGCCUCCCAAGAAGGUAUUCCCUCCUGCACAAUAUCCCUGUGAUUUGUGUAAAGGAGAUCACUUUAUUGUGAGAUGCACUCAAUUCUUGGGACUCACAAAGGCUCAACGCACUCAAGUCGUUGUGGAGAAGCGACUUUGUGAAAAUUGUUUUGGCCAUCAUCUACCGGAUGCGUGCAAUUCACAAUUCACAUGCAGGGUGUGUGAACAAAAACAUCACACCAUGAUACACCCGGGACUCAACAGCACUCAAAAACCAUCUAGCUCAGCCGCUAAAGGCACUCAAUAA